CUCAUCUUCCGGGUUCAUAGGGUUUCUUUUGAACGGCUUAGCGAAAUUUUGGAUUUCGCAGGAGAGAAGCUUUGGAGUACUGGAGUACUGGCGAUUUUGGUCUGGGAUUUCGCACGCGAUUUUGCCUAGGUUUCUUUCAACGUUGUCAUUCAUCCUCUCAGAUGUGGUGCUUCAGCAGAGAUGUGCGCCGCCGCUCUCAUCUUCUGCCGAAGUCCGCAGCGUGGUUCUUCUAGAUCAUGGGUUCUAUCCGUCCGCUGGCCGAUUCUCUUCCACGACCGCACAACGGCAGCGAGCAUCUCCAUCUCUGAUAAAAAAUAGCAGGGGAGGGCUGCGUGAAAUAGCCUCGACCUAGGGUUGCCUACAGCUGCAGUUGAAGAUAAGGAAUUGGUUUGGAUGAGCAAUGCUCACUGUGUGUUCGACGAAAUGACUCAAAAAGACAUAGUCACAUCUACAACGAUUCGAUCUUGCUUAGACAAAGGGGGUUGGGGGCCAGGUAUGUACACAGCUCCAAUUACAAAUUUAGUUUGAUUUUCCAUCUAAAAGAACCGCAUAGCAGGCAGGCGUCCUCUACCAUCUAAUCCACACUUCAACUUCAAAGCAAUGUUUUCAUAGCCACUGGUAGCCUGUCCUUCUUUCAGCAAGAAGGAUCCAGAGCAUAGGGCAGAUUGUUGAUUCUCUGUUACAGUUUGGAACAAAGGUAUAUAAAUUCAUUUCCCAGUUUGCAAGGUGUAUUACAAUCAACACCAAGUUCUGCUAAGAUACUUUUGUGCUACUCGAAUCUUGGCAUAACAUUUCUGUAUUUGUUCCUGGGUUUAGUUUAUGCAUUAUUCAAGUGGAAUUAGCAAAGGGUCCAGAUUUGUAUCGUUCCCAACUCCUAAAUAAGCCUCUAGAGCUCUUUCUGAUUUGAAUGGGAAAAUGGUGGUGUCCAAACGAUUCUAUGUUGCUCUUGCUUAACGAAAAGAGGAGAGGCAAGCAAGAUUGCAGAUUUCUCAAAUACAACCCGUCACUAUGGCACCUUCUCUUGGACAUCGCGUGCCUGUGUACCCUACUGGAAUGGCAUUGGUUAGUAUGUUUUUUACAGGCUGUUUUUUAUUUAACUUGCAUUAUAUUGUCUUUAUAUUUGUGCAAUUUUGAUUUCAUAGGCAUGCUCAGAACUUUGUUGAGGUACAAACACCCACUCUACUAUGAAUGUCUAUUAUGGUUGGAGGUUGUAGUGAGGAUUAAGAUUAAUGCCCUCAACCAUCUAGGUGUGAAAUCUAAAAAAACCUUAUAUGAUUAGACUUCUUAUUAGAUGCAACACAGAAAGUGCAUAUUUUUAGCCAUCUUAUAGUUGAUAUAUGUUACAAUUGAGAGGGGAUGUUUUACUCAUACCUUCUGUAAUUGCCCUUAUAUUUUACAAGUGUCAUCAUUUAGUUAUUUUGGGUAUGGCUGGUACGGUGGGACUUGAUGAUGAUAGUUCAGUUUUAGUAUUGUAGGUCUCAUUAAAUGUUAGCUAACUUAUUUAAAGUUUUUUUGAAAUUAGAAAAUGUAUUAUGCAUCUUUGUUAAACAUGCUUCCUUCUAACAUUACAUGAUAAUUAAUUACCUUUCUUUCUUCUAAUAUUCAUUUUAGUUCCAUUUUGAGCAACUACUGGUGAGGCCACCACAGCUUAUGAAAUGUUCCACCUUUUGAAUUUUAUCAUUGACGUCAUUGGUAUAGAAAAACUCUCUCCAUCCAUCAAGAGUUUAAACAUGGUACAAUGGUCCACUUUUGUUCACGAGCAUAUAAAAAUAGAUUAAGUACAUAAAGCAAAGAAGAAAAUUCUAGGUAUUUUUUAAAUUUUAUUUUACUUUUUUUUUUAUUUGGUUUUUUUUGGUAUUUUGAUUUUUAAAAUCACAAAAUCGAAAUCUCUACAAUUUUGUCUUAAAAUUUAUAAGGAUUUUUUUUCAUAUUUUUGCUUAGCAUGGAGAUAAAUGGCCAUAGAGCUUUCGUCUUCAAUUUUUACAAUUUUGUCUUCAAUUUUUCUAUUUUGAUUCCCUUAUACUUAUGGUAUGAUUUUCUAGCAAUUGGUUUCAUUCUCUUUUUCAAAUUUUGAGUUUUGUUUCUUUGGCGGUGUAUCAGGCUAGGAAACUUCGUUGCUCCAUUGGUCUUUUGAGUUUAUUGUCUUUCUUACAUCAUUUAUGCUUUAUUUCUUUUCAGGUCCUACUUUUAGCUCUGAUCUUGGGCUCAUCUUCCACUAAGGAAUUAUUUCAAGCUACACGGAUGGUGAUAUAUUUUCUAAAGCACGUGACUCUGGAGUUGCGAGAUGCACAGGUUGAGGAUCAACAAGGGUGGCCAUAGAACUUUCGACUGACUACAUAUGGAUUGCAAGCUUCUGAUGACAAUAAAGGUAAACCAAAAUAGAAGCAACCUAUAAUAUUUACAUUUCUCUCCUAUAAUGUAUACUAUAUUCAUUUAUUUCAUCUAUAUAUUAAAGAAUGAGUGGAUAAUGAGGGUCUGAAGAGUAGGGAGAAGUAGAGGUGGGUUGUGGUGAAUCUAGGCAGUAGCUUCUUUCCAUGAUGCUUCUUCUCUGUUAAAGUUGGAAUGGAUAAAAACAAUUUAGAAUGCUUCUUCUUUCCAGCAUGUGCCUAAGAGCAUUUAAAGAUGCUUUUAAUAGUUGACUGUGACUUGGCAUUGGUUAUAAUGUAAGAUAAAAAAGAGGUUGGGUUUCCAAUUUCACCCUCCCUACUCUUCUUCUUCCCAAGCCCCCUCCUCCCUCCCCUACAGAUUUUUCUUAGGAAUCUGAUCAGAAAGCCAGAUUUCUUCCCAUUCCAUCAUCUCAAUCUCCUAAAAGCAUGAAAAGGAUCCAGCUAAAGCAUGGGUGUACGGUAUAUAGACAAGACGGGUAAGAGAAUCUAUCUUCCAAUAUCACAUUUACUAAUUGAAAAUUUAAUUUCUUUGAGGUGAGGUUUUAUGUGUUUUCAAGGUCUAAGAUCAUCUAUAUAUGUUUGUUGAUGUUUUGAACUGUAGUUUGGAAAUGCAUAAUAAAAAUUUUAAUGCUCCGUGUGUUGGAUUCUUUUCAGGCGAGAGAUGGGUUUGAUACAUUCUCAAAGUUGACAGUCGUGAAGUCAGAUGGCUGAUAACAAAGAGAUCAGUAUCCUGAGAAUAGAGUAAUGGGAUAGGAUCAAAAUGAUAAUUGAUAACUCUGUCCAUAGACAAUGAUUUAAUUCCUGCAAUAAAAAAACUACAUACGAAGAGAUAACACCAUUUUCUUCUUUUUAUUUCAAGUUAUUUAUAUUUAAAUAAUGCUUAUAAGAUUUUUGGUACUUGGAGAUUAGUGAGCCCGUGCAUCGCACGGGUACGAGUCUAGUGAAUUAUUUGUAUGCAAAAAUUGGUUCGACACGUGGGGGUUCAUCCGCUUUCCGCGCUACGUCAGUUAUACGGGCCCAUGUCCUUCAAAUGCUGAAAUAUCUCUUUCCGCCAUCGUUGUAUUCCCUCUUUCUCUCCGUACACCAUCAUUCGUCCCCAUAACUAUUCCGAUUAUCCAUCUCCGUUCGUCGCCGUCGGAGGAGGCGUUUUCCGAUCGAGGAGGGAUUCGACCAUGAGAGAGAUACUACACAUUCAGGGAGGGCAAUGCGGGAACCAGAUCGGCUCCAAAUUCUGGGAAGUCAUCUGCGACGAGCACGGCAUUGACACCACCGGCCGUUACAAGGGCGGCGACGCCGAUUCUCCCGGCGACCUCCAACUCGAGCGCAUCGAUGUCUACUUCAACGAGGCUCCCGGCGGCCGCUAUGUUCCGCGCGCGGUCCUCAUGGAUCUGGAGCCUGGAACCAUGGAUAGCAUUCGAGCCGGACCCAACGGCCAGAUCUUCCGACCUGAUAACUUCGUUUUCGGGCAGAACGGCGCCGGAAAUAACUGGGCCAAGGGGCAUUACACGGAAGGAGCUGAGCUUAUCGAUUCCGUUCUAGAUGUCGUUCGUAAGGAGGUCGAGAGCUGCGAUUGUCUGCAAGGUUUCCAGGUUUGCCACUCACUUGGGGGUGGGACUGGUUCUGGGAUGGGAACUCUGUUGAUUUCCAAGAUAAGGGAGGAGUACCCUGACAGGAUGAUGCUCACAUUCUCUGUCUUCCCAUCACCCAAAGUCUCUGACACUGUUGUGGAGCCAUACAAUGCCACACUGUCUGUCCAUCAACUGGUGGAGAAUGGGGAUGAGUGCAUGGUCCUUGACAAUGAAGCCCUCUAUGAUAUCUGUUUCAGAACCUUGAAACUCAGCACUCCAAGCUUUGGUGACCUGAACCAUCUGAUAUCUGGAACCAUGAGUGGGGUGACCUGCUGCCUGAGGUUUCCAGGGCAGCUGAACUCCGACCUGCGAAAACUGGCGGUGAACCUCAUCCCUUUCCCGCGUCUCCACUUCUUCAUGGUGGGGUUCGCGCCCCUCACCUCCCGCGGGUCCCAGCAGUACACCUCCCUCACCGUCCCGGAACUCACCCAGCAGAUGUGGGACUCCAAGAACAUGAUGUGCGCCGCCGACCCCCGGCACGGCCGCUACCUGGCGGCCUCCGCCAUGUUCCGCGGCCGGAUGAGCACCAAGGAGGUGGACGAGCAGAUGAUCAACGUCCAGAACAGGAACUCAUCCUACUUCGUGGAGUGGAUCCCCAACAACGUCAAGUCGAGCGUGUGCGACAUCCCCCCCACCGGGCUGAGGAUGUCGUCCACCUUCGUGGGGAACUCCACCUCCAUCCAGGAGAUGUUCCGGCGAGUGAGCGAGCAGUUCACGGCCAUGUUCCGGCGCAAGGCGUUCUUGCACUGGUACACCGGGGAAGGGAUGGACGAGAUGGAGUUCACCGAGGCGGAGAGCAACAUGAAUGACCUGGUGGCGGAGUACCAGCAGUACCAAGACGCCACUGCCGAUGAGGAUGACGACGACAAUGAUGGGUACGACCAGGGCGGCGGCGGCGGCGCUGCUGGUGGUGAAGAACACGACGACUGAGAAUCAUGAAACGAAUCCAAACCUAUAUUCUUUUUCGAGAACAUCAAUCAACAUAUGUUACACGUAAUACGAUCUAAUUAAAUAUCUUUCUGCAUUAAAAACUAAACAAAACAAUGUAAUCUGUUUGCUUAUUAGCACUUCAUUCUCUUGAUUGACUACGUGCUUAUAAUGAAACUGGCACAAUGUAACUCAGCCACAAUAAAACUUGCUUACAAUU